UGGUUGGGGAGAGGAGACCGUGGUAAGGUUCGAGCUGCGCGGCCUCAGCAGCUGCGGGAGACGGAAGUGGUGAGAGCGCUGCUUUGGAGGGUCGGGCGGACACCGCCUGGAGAACAGCAGGCAGGCAGGACCCUCACCCCGGUAGAAUGGGUGAGGAGGGGCCCCCCAGCCUGGAGUACAUCCAAGCCAAGGAUCUGUUUCCCCCCAAGGAACUAGUGAAGGAGGAGGAGAAUCUUCAGGUACCCUUCACAGUACUGCAGGGCGAGGGAGUGGAGUUCUUGGGUCGGGCAACUGAUGCCCUCAUUGCCAUCUCCAACUACCGGCUUCAUAUCAAGUUCAAGGACUCUGUCAUCAACGUACCCCUCCGGAUGAUCGACAGUGUGGAGAGCCGUGAUAUGUUCCAGUUGCACAUCGCCUGCAAGGACUCCAAAGUGGUGAGGUGCCAUUUCUCCACUUUCAAGCAGUGCCAGGAGUGGCUCUCAAGGCUAAGCCGGGCUACAGCAAGACCUGCCAAACCUGAGGAUCUCUUUGCCUUUGCCUACCAUGCUUGGUGUCUGGGGCUGACAGAGGAGGACCAGCAUACUCACCUGUGUCAGCCAGGAGAGCAUAUACGAUGUCGGCAGGAGGCAGAGCUGGUGAGGAUGGGCUUUGACCUACAGAAUGUCUGGAGAGUCUCGCAUAUCAACAGCAAUUACAAGUUGUGCCCCAGUUACCCCCAGAAGCUGCUGGUUCCUGUGUGGAUCACAGAUAAAGAGCUGGAGAACGUGGCUUCCUUCCGCUCUUGGAAGCGCAUCCCUGUGGUUGUAUAUAGACAUCUGCGCAAUGGGGCUGCCAUUGCCCGCUGCAGCCAGCCAGAGAUCAGCUGGUGGGGCUGGCGCAAUGCUGAUGAUGAGUAUCUUGUCACGUCCAUUGCCAAAGCCUGUGCCCUGGACCCAGGAACAAAGGCCAGUGGCAGCUCCCUCAGCACCGGGAAUAAUGAUGCCAGUGAGGCAUGUGACACUGACUUCGAUUCUUCUCUGACUGCUUGCUCUGGGGUGGACAGCACAUCAGCCCCCCAAAAACUGCUGAUCCUGGAUGCACGAUCCUACACAGCAGCAGUAGCUAAUCGCGCCAAGGGUGGAGGCUGUGAAUGUGAAGAGUACUAUCCCAAUUGUGAGGUUGUGUUUAUGGGAAUGGCCAACAUCCAUGCCAUCCGGAACAGCUUCCAGUACCUCCGGGCUGUGUGUAGCCAGAUGCCGGAUCCCAGCAACUGGUUAUCGGCCUUGGAAAGUACCAAAUGGCUGCAGCACUUGUCAGUGAUGCUAAAGGCAGCUGUGUUGGUGGCUAACACAGUAGACCGGGAAGGUCGUCCUGUGCUGGUACACUGUUCGGAUGGUUGGGACCGCACACCGCAGAUUGUAGCCCUGGCCAAGAUACUGUUGGACCCAUAUUACAGGACAUUGGAGGGCUUCCAAGUGUUAGUAGAAUCUGACUGGCUGGAUUUUGGGCACAAGUUUGGAGAUCGCUGUGGCCACCAGGAGAAUGCAGAAGACCAGAAUGAACAAUGCCCUGUGUUCCUCCAAUGGCUUGAUUCUGUUCACCAGCUGCUUAAGCAAUUCCCAUGCCUGUUUGAAUUUAAUGAAGCAUUCCUGGUAAAACUGGUGCAGCACACAUACUCCUGCCUCUAUGGGACGUUCCUGGCCAACAACCCCUGUGAGCGAGAGAAGCGCAACAUCUAUAAGCGGACAUGCUCUGUGUGGGCACUCCUCCGAGCUGGCAAUAAGAACUUUCACAACUUCCUCUACACACCUGGCUCAGACAUGGUCCUACAUCCUGUUUGUCAUGUCCGGGCCUUGCACCUCUGGACAGCUGUUUAUCUGCCUGCAUCAUCUCCAUGCACACUUGGAGAGGAGAAUAUGGAUCUUUACCUUUCCCCAGUGGCCCAGAGCCAGGAGUUUUCUGGCCGUUCUCUGGACAGGUUACCUAAAACCAGAUCCAUGGAUGAUCUUCUUUCUGCCUGUGACACAAGCAGCCCCCUGACUCGUACAUCCAGUGAUCCUAACCUGAAUAACCACUGUCAGGAGGUGAGAGUUGGCCUGGAGCCCUGGCACAGCAAUCCUGAGGGAUCAGAGACAAGCUUUGUGGAAUCUGGGGCAGGUCCUCAGCAGACUGUUGGAGAAAAGGGCCUUCCUCCCCCUCUGCCUAGCAGCCAGAAAGAAUACCUGAGCAAUAAACCUUUCAAGGGUCACAAAAACUGUUCUCUAAGUUAUAAACUGCUUAAUACUGCUGUGCCCCGGGAAAUGAAGAACAACACCUCUGACCCUGAAGUUAAAGAGCUAGAAGAGACUAAAGUACCAGCUCCAGACCAUCCUGCCCAGGAUGAGCUGGGUAGGACUUUCAAUGGGUCAGGGGGGCCACCUGACCAUUGUCCUGAAACAGAAGCCAUCAGUGUACUCUCAAAGGUUGUCUCUAGCAAGUGUGAUGGAGUCUGUGAUUUUUCUGAGUCUUCUCAGGACUCCCUUACAGGUACCCCCCAGAAGGCUCAACUAGCCUCUGUGCUAGGCAUGCCCCCUAGAUGUACUAUGGAUCACAGUCUGGGUAGUCUUUGCAACCCACUGAGUGCCACUUGCCAAACUCUUCCAGAGCCAAGUGCUGAUUUGCCCAGCCAAGAUCCCCCAGUGUCUAUGGCAAGUAUCUCCCACCAGAAACAGCCCAGUUCUAUGCUGGAUCUGAUCCAUAGAGAGGAAGAUACUGGCAAGAGAGGAAAUAAUAGGAAUGGACAGUUACCGGAAAAUCCGCGCUUUGGAAAAAUGCCAUUGGAGUUGGCCCGAAAACCAAUUUCUCAGAGCCAGAUCAGUGAGUUCUCUUUUCUGGGGUCCAACUGGGACAGCUUCCAAGGGAUGGUGACUUCAUUCCCAAGUGGGGAGACUACCCCUCGGCGGCUGCUUUCCUAUGGCUGUUGUAGCAAGAGGUCAAGCAGUAAGCAGAUACGUGCCAUGGGGCCCUGCUUUGGGGACCAGUGGGCUCAAAGAGAAGGUGUAAAGUCACCUGUCUGUUCUAGUCAUUCCAAUGGACAUUGUACUGGCCCAGGAGGAAAAAACAACCGGAUGUGGUUGGCUAGUCACCCAAAGCAAGUCUCCAAUACAAAACCUGUUCUUCCGAGCUGCCCUUCUCCAGUGCCUCCUUUCUACUUGGAUGAUGAUGGACUCCCCUUUCCCACGGAUGUGAUCCAGCAUAGAUUACGGCAAAUUGAAGCAGGGUAUAAGCAAGAGGUGGAGCAGCUACGUCGACAGGUGCGUGAGCUUCAGAUGAGACUGGAUAUCCGUCACUGCCGUGCCCCUCCAGCAGAGCCCCCCAUGGACUAUGAGGAUGAUUUUACGUGUUUGAAGGAAUCAGAUGGCAGCGAUACAGAGGAUUUUGGCUCAGAUCACAGUGAAGACUGCCUUUCAGAAGCAAGCUGGGAACCUGUUGAUAAGAAGGAAACUGAGGUGACUCGCUGGGUUCCAGACCAUAUGGCAUCACAUUGCUAUAACUGUGACUGUGAAUUCUGGUUGGCUAAACGAAGACACCAUUGCAGAAAUUGUGGGAAUGUAUUUUGUGCUGGAUGCUGCCAUCUGAAGCUGCCCAUUCCUGAUCAACAGCUCUAUGACCCAGUUCUUGUCUGUAACUCAUGUUACGAACACAUUCAAGUAUCUCGUGCCAGAGAACUCAUGAGCCAACAUCUGAAGAAACCCAUUGCUACAGCUUCCAGUUGAAUGCCCAAGGAGAAGACCUGUCCAGUUUUAGCAGGUUUGAAGGGAAGAUCUGCUUCAGGUGUAGUUUGGAAGGUUCCUUGGUGUGGCUCAUGAAAUCACAGAGCUCAAAGAUACCGUCUUGAGAAAUCCUCCUUGGUACCAUGAGACUGGAGCAGAGGAAUUUCAGUUUUGCAGGAGGUCUUCUGCUGGGGAGUACCUUACCUUGGGGUCCUGAUCCAGUCCCAGAAUCUGGACUCUUAACAUUGAGUUGGUGACUCCAGCUUCUUUCUCCUGGAAGUCACAGAUGAUGAUUUCAUAGAUACUGCCUGGUGCAAAGUGCCCAAACAGCAAUAGAAAGGCAUAUGUAUAACCAAACUUCAAGUGAUUACCAGACCCAUCUCUCCACCUUGAAAAAAAGCAGAUUAUAGAAUACAAGAUAGGACUUCCUAUCCUAUUUGAGAUGAACUCUAUUCUGUACCUCUGUGCUCUGUGUCUGUGCAUGAAGGCUCAGUCUUUAGAGGCACUCCCUCUAGUUGCAUUAGUACUGUCUUUCUGUGGAGUUUGGUUUAAAGACUGGUUUGGCAAGUGGAGGUUUCAAUGUAUUUUUCACUUGGCUCAUAGGCCACCAUCAGUGAACACUUGAGGGACAGUUCUUGGGAGUAACACAUUUUUGGGAGUAGAGGAAAACUCUAGUUGGCAAAAAUCAAUUAUUUUGAGCUGCGAAGGCAGUUGUCACUCUACUAUGCAGCUCUUAAGUAUGCACUGUGAAGAAUGAGAAGGGAAAGCAAAAAUUAUCUUCGUGAAAUAUCUGCUGAUUGUGCCCUACCCUUCGCGCCUGACUUUUCCUAGUUAUCCUGGUGCUAACACAGGAGCUACACCUUGAUCCUCUCCUGGCAUGAAAAAAAAAAAAAAAACAAAGGUUUUUGUUGUUGUUCCAUUACCCACUUCCCCCAUGUUGUCUUUCCCUUGGCUGCUGCCUCCUCUGGGUCAUACUGCUUCUUAUCCUGAACACUUGACACCUUGAGGGUAGAAUUUAGCAUUUGGUUUUUACCUCCUAGAAUAUGCUGUUUGGUAUGUGAGGGUUUCAGUACAAAUGCUGCUGUCUAUUUCUGUGCACUUAACAAUGGAACCCAAACAGAAUAAAGCCUUGAUACCAAAAUUGGGAGAGAAAAUGUGUCCAUUUGGACCAAACAUUUUUUUUUGGGGGGGGGGUGUUUUGAUUUUGUUUUUUCAUCUUAAUAUUUACCAGUGGCACUUAACCAAAAGAUACAGUGAUAUAGCCACAUACCAUGGUUGGGACAGAUACAGUCUCCUUGGCCUAUAAUGAAACCAUUAGGAUUUCCUUUAUACAUUUUCCUUAAUUCAUUGAUAUAUAAAAGGUAAAUUACAUUUAAGCUUAUCUUGUUUUAAAACUAUGGUAGCUUUCUUUCUCACUGUUAUUUUGAUGUUGCUUUCUAGAAAAAUCUGUUUUCAUUCCAAAAUAACUAGAAUCUGCAUUUGAAAUAAGAUUUGUCAUGACCUUUUCUUCAGUCCUACAAGAAGCAUCUGUGCUGCUUUUAUACUUGCCAUUGGAUGUAGCCUAAAAAGUUUUGGCAUAUUUAGGUCAGCAUAGCAUAACUUUUUUUUUUUUUUCCAUUUAAAUGGAGCUGAAUAAUGGAGAUUUUUGUGCCUGGAAAAUUCCUGAGAUCAUUGAAAAAGUAACAAACUAUUCCUUGUCUCUGAUACAUAAAAUUCUUUUAAACAUUUUCUCAAUCAUUACAAUUUACUGCCAGUUGUGGCUUUUUAAUUCAACUUUUUUUUUUUUUUUUUUGCACUUCACUGCCUGUGUUUGGGGGAGAUUGGUGACAUUUGGGGACUGUAUCUGUCUUUGUGUAGCUUUUGAGGGACUGUCCCAUCAAUGAACAAACUGCAUGGCCUUGGAGAGAGACUGUGGGCUCUUGGCUCAGAUUAUUCAUCAACUACUCCUUUAAGAGCUGUUGUGGGUGUAAGUGACACGAUGUGGCCAAAAAUCCAAACUGUGCAGUUGCGUUGUGGCAAACAUGCAAUGUGCUGUAAAAACUCAAUACAGUUUAAAUAAAAUCUCUAUAUUAGUGCUGC